CUCCGGACGUGACCGCCGCCGCCAUUGUGCGGCGCUGUACCCCUCGAAGGGUGCUUCUUAGGCGAGUACCUGGGGCUGUUGCCCUUGCUUCUCGCUGUCUGGUUCGGGAAUCCCGGCGGGUCCGGGACUCCCGUCCGUGCCGGUGCGGGCGCCGGCAUGUGGCUGUGGGAGGAACAGGAUGGCCUUCUGGGUCCCUUCUCCUUCAUAUUACUGCUGCUACUGCUGGUGACACGCAGCCCCUUCAAUGCCUGCCUCUUCACCGGCAGCCUCUACCUCCUGCUGCGCCUCUUCAGCUUUGAGCCUUUGCCCUCCCGUAGGGCCUUGCAGGUGCUCAAGCCAAGGGACCGCGUUUCCGCCAUCGCCCACCGCGGCGGCAGCCACGACGCGCCGGAGAACACGCUGGCUGCUAUUCGACAGGCAGCUAAGAAUGGAGCAACAGGCGUGGAGUUGGACCUUGAGUUUACUUCUGAUGGGAUUCCUAUUUUAAUGCACGAUAACACAGUAGAUAGGACAACAGAUGGCACUGGUCGAUUGUGUGACUUGACAUUUGAACAAAUUAGGAAGCUUAAUCCUGCAGCAAAUCACAGAUUAAGGAAUGAUUUCCCUGAUGAAAAAAUCCCUACCCUGAGAGAAGCGGUUGCAGAGUGCUUAAAUCAUAACCUUACAAUCUUCUUUGAUGUCAAGGGCCAUGCCAACAAGGCUACUGAUGCUCUAAAGAAAAUGUACAUGGAGUUCCCUCAACUAUACAAUAAUAGUGUGGUCUGCUCUUUCUUGCCAGAAGUUAUUUAUAAGAUGAGACAAACAGAUCAGAAUGUAGUAACGGCUUUAACGCACAGACCUUGGAGCCUUAGCCAUACAGGAGAUGGGAAACCACGCUAUGAUGCUUUCUGGGAACAGUCUUUGUUCGUGGUCCUAGAUAUUUUGCUCGAUUGGAGCAUGCAUAAUAUCUUGUGGUACCUGUGUGGAAUUUCAGCUUUCCUCAUACAAAAAGAUUCUGUAUCUCCGAACUACUUAAAGAAAUGGUCAGCUAAAGGCAUUCAGGUUGUUGCAUGGACUGUUAAUACCUUUGAUGAAAAAAGUUACUACGAAUCCUAUCUUGGUUCCAGCUAUAUCACUGACAGCAUGUUAGAAGACUGCGAACCUCAUUUCUAGACUGUUCCCCAGGGAGGAAACCAUGGGUACAGAGAUUGCCUGCUGGCCUCAUGCAGGAAUAUUGAAAAACCUUUUGUGCUAGGCCAAGCCAUGGGGGAUCAGGCAGCCAGCCAAGCAGUAGUUGGUAAUCGCAUUUUUACCUGAACCAAAGCAAAACCUGGUGUUGCCACUGUGCUCCAUGGAAUACCUACCUGAGUUAAAUAAUGUUGCUCUUGAAAAUCUGGGUCUGCAAAAAGGCACAACAGCUCCUGCCCAGAUCUAGCUGAGGCAUACACCAAGACCCAGUGAGGAUAAGCACAAAUUGAGUUGUGCAGUUUGGGUUGCAAAUGCGGAUGCAUGGGAAAUGCAUGACCAUUCAAAGUUGACAUUUUAAAACUUGACACAAUUAGAUAAUUUACUUAUUUAAAAUAUUUGCAUUCGGAUACAUUAUCAAUGUACUGUAGACAUCAAACUUGUGAUCAUACUAUUAAAAUCAUUAAAAGGAACACUAAGGGAAAACUGAGUAUCAAGUAUCAUAUCAUAAAGGAACUGAAGUUGCUGUCAGUCACCCAGUGACCAGGGACAACAGCCUCAGUGUGCUGUGUAGGGAAGGAAAUUAAGUAUUGACAUCAGCCUGAGGAAAAGUUUAUGGUACGUGUCUUGAAAUAACUAUAGACCACUAGGGAGCAGAGUUGCACUCUUCGGAUUGCUCUGCAACUGAUUAGACAAUUCAAGGACAUUUAGUCUUACUUGACACAAGAAAACUAAAACCUGUGCAAGGGAAGGGUCUUCCUCAGAUAUGACACAGCUGUUGACUAGCACAGCCUGGUCUUAUUUAGCAGACAUGGUGGGGAGCAGGGUACCAACAAUGAACAACUAUGUGGUGUUUAACACAUUAUCUUAAUUGUCUCACAAAAAUCUUAGAGGUAUUCACUUUUUACUGAUGAGGAAGCUGAGCCACCGCAAAGUUACUCAAGUCUCAAAUUUCUUGGUGCAGUUGGGAUUCAAGUUCAGGUUGGUCUGAUUUGGAGCUCCUGCUUGGAACACCCCCUGCCCUCACACCCCACUGUCUACCUUUAUAAAGCUCUUGAUUCCCAGCUCCUUCCCACAUGGGUUUCCAGAGGAUCUUAUUGUGGACUUCAACAGCAAUAUGUAAGAUGAAGUUGAGUCUUUAAAAAAUUGCAAAGCUGUCUUUCUCUUUUAGUCACCCCAUCUCCCACCUUACAGCCCCACCUGUACAUAGCUUUAAUCACAGGCCCCACAAGUUAGUCAUGAUUUCCCUCCUGAGUCCCAGUGGGUCACCAGCCUCACACUUGCAGCAGGCAGGCCAGCAGUCCACACAGCUCGAUGGCAGUGAGAAGCAAACUGAUUUUUUGCUGCAGUUGGUGUUGGCAGCGGAAUGUAGAUGGGGCUUGGGACAUUUUCAAUCAACAUUUACAAAGAUUUUUCUUGAAGUUAAAAACAAUAGGACAAAGAAUCUAUUCAAUAAAUGGAACAGAUAUCUAAACUGCAUGUGUUUCCAUGCCAUGUUAUGACCAGAGUGGCAAUGGGAAAAUGACUAAAAAAUUCUGUGGACUGAAUUCCUCCUUUGACAUGCCGCUGGAAACUGCACAACUGACAGGGAAGGAAUUCUCUUUGGGACAUAUAGUUAACAUCUUUUCUGUUGUGUCAAGACCUUUCGAGAGACAGUUUGCUGCCUCUGUCCCAAAUCCAUCUUGCUGUUGACUCCUCUACAUCCAAUUAAGGAUUUAUAUCCCAUGUCAAGGUGGUUAGGGCCUUGAAGAAUGGAGAACUUGGGUGGAGAAAGAUGUUAACAAGUACUACUAUUAAGUACUUGGAAGGCUUGGUAUAGGGGCUAAAAACAGGACUUGGGAUGGGGGAAAAGUGAAACUGAUUUCCUGAUCAGCAACUUACCAGCUGUAUGAUCUUAAGGCAAGUAAAGUUACUUAAUUCAUUUAUAAAAUAAGGGCAGUGUUAGCACCACUCCAGAGGGUGGCUGAGAUUAAACGAAAGUGAGUGCAAGUCUUGUUAGUAGCUAACAUUUACUGACAACCUACCAUGUACUAGAUACUGUUUCAAAUGCCUUCAAUGUGUUUACUCUGCAACACCAUGAGGGUAGGUACCAUUAUAUACUGAAGGAAAGAAAGUAAAGCACCAGGAGGGUAAGUAGCUUGUCUAAAGUCACACAACAGUAAUAGGAUAAGGGUUCAGGCCCAGGUAAUGUAAUUCCAGAGCCCACACCCUAAAACUCUGCUUAUCAUGUCCGGUCCAUAACUAUAACAACACUUGUCAUGUAGUAGGUGUUCAAUAAAUGUUGAAGGAGUGAAUUGGGAUAUCAGUGGAAACUUCCUUGAGGAAACUAGAGAUAACAGUGAGAAGAAAAUUUAGGUGUUUAUCUUAGAUAAAGGACUCAGGAUUCAGCAGCAUCAAGGAGCCAUCCAAAAUCCCAAUAGAUACCAUUCUGAGAAUGUGAAUACAGAUUAAAAUCACAUCUGCUGCUGUUUAUUAGACUGCACCUCUGCUCUCAGGAUGCUGGAGACAGGUAACAAUGAAGAGCUACCUCGAAAGACUUAAAAAAAAUCAACUACUUACUUAAACACUGGUUUUUCUUAUUUGGAGACUGGUGUCUAAAAUCCUGUUUUGACAAUAAUGUCAGCAAGACAAACUUUUUUUAUUAGAUGCAGAUUUCUAAAUAAAAUUACACAUACCAUUUUCUAAAGUGGAAAUAGUGCUUCAAUAGGACAGUAAACCACAGCUUUGAAGAUAGCAAAUGUGUGAGUUAAUGAAAUAUUACCAACAUCCACUCAGACCUUUAGCAUGGAGUGAUAAUUACUGUACAGUAAGGUUAUUUGAUUUCUUUGAUCAAAAAUACUGAAGAUUAAUGACUUCGUCUAUCAUUAAACUUUAUACUCAAAAUAUUUGCAGAAUACCAGAUAUUAAGAAGAGGCUGGAUAUCAGGGACAGUGGGUGCUGUCCUUUGAGACAUUUAUUCAUCAUCAAUUAUGGGGGGAAGUUGGAAAUGCAAAUUCUCAAGAGCCCAUCCCAGAA